UAAGUUAGAUAAGAAAUAUUUUGGGCGUACUGCAAUGAGAUAUAAAUUAUACUUCCGGUUUGCGAUUUUCUUCAAACAUUUGUGUUUAUAAGUGGAAUUAUAGUAAAAUUGUGUAUGUAUCGAAUGUCUGUUCCAACUAUAGGCAAUAUGUGACUUUGUGAUAUAAACAGAAUUUAAAAAUCAUGUCGACAAGUCCGACAGAUCUACGCAAGAAGAAGCGAAAUGAAGAUAGCUCAUCUGCUUAUCUUAUCGUUUCGUGCGGAAAAACACAGAAUGGAGGACGUGACAAACAAACCAAUUGUGAGACUAACGCAAGUAAUAUUGGUAUCCAGAAACGAAAAACUGUACACUACAGAAGAAACGUACCUUCCACAGAUCAAGUUAAACCCGAAGCAACGGGUAUGAAUACAGAAACAGAAACCAACGAAAACCAGGGUGAUGCGGAAGAAAAUUCCGUCGAAAAUAUAUAUUCAACCAUUUGCGAAAACGACACAAAUUUAACGCCUCCGAAGUGUAUUCACAGCACUCCAGUAAGGUCCAAAGACUGCUUAGAGGAGAUCUACCUACAUCCUAUUUGCACGACUGAAGAUGGUCAGAUUGAAAAACGUAAGGAAAACAUUAAGAGAUGGAAAGUAGACCGGGAAAAGAAGAAGCGACUUUUGUCAACAUCAAGUACUGCAUCCAUACAAAGUUUCUCAGAGCGCAAUUCCGAUGAUUUGUUUGAGAACGACGAUACUAUGCAAGCAGAGACAGAUAUGUUGCAAAAAGAUAGAAGAAAGCACGCGCCACCACGUAACAGUCUUGCCAGUAUUAUCCGGCUUUUAUCACUUUUUGUUGUCAGUGUGGGUGUUGUUGGCAGCUUCAGUUUAACUCUAAUAUUCAGACCAGAAGCAGCUACUGUAGCAGAACAUGAUACUAAAGCCGAGUCAAGUGUUUUGUCGGAGGUAGAGAGUUUGAAAAAGACUUUGGCGUUGCAUGAGACGCAGAUAGAACAUCUAAAGGUGCUGAUAGAGAAGAAGAAUGAUCAGGUUACACUUCUAGCUAUGGAAACAGCAAACUUAAAAGAAAAAAUUGAGGGUUUUAGCAGUGGAGAUAACAAUGACAACCAUUUAUCAUGACAUAUCGUCACAGAUUCAUACUAGACAUUCACCUUCAUCAACAAUAUCCAUCCAGUCCAAUCAAUCUACUAUCAGCCGAAGCGCAAAUUUCGAUAAAAUCGCGAAAUGGUGGUCUAUGGCGGAGAACAUAUACUUUAAACGUUACGAACAGUGCACUCCGGCUGAGAUUUUUACGACUUGGAAAUCGUAGAUUAACUUAUGUUGACAACUUGUUGCAUGCCAAACAUUAUUUCCCGCGAUUUUGUUGUUUUGUUUAUUUUUCCUAGAAAAACUCGUAUCAUACCCAGGGUUGUAAGAUGACUCUCGUAUUGCAAUUAAUGAAUGCGUACAUUCAUAAUCUUUGCUCAAAAGAAAGGCAUUUUAAUCAUAUUUCUGUUGUUAAUUGAAGAAUAAGGGAUGCAAGUAAUCGUUUACAAUAUUUUUUAAUCAAAUGUAUAGGCGCAGUUUCAUUUAGUAUUAUUUGACAUGUAUGAAGUUUUAUGCAAAAACAUUCAACAGAGAUUUCUCAAGGUCUUUAUCAUUACAUUUUAAGUGAAUAUGUUACCUACAUUUUAAGUGAACAUGUUACCUACAUAAUGGUAAGAUAAUUGAAGAACUAUGAAAAUUGGUAUGGAUUUUGCAUGACAGUUUACAGCAUACGUUUAUGUCAUAGACGACAAGCAGCAGUCCGUAUGAAAAAAAUGGCAUUAUCUUUUCUAAUAUCCCUUGUUCCCCUAUAACGUGGUUUAUGUUAUCAAACUGUCUUAUAGCAAUAUAAUCAAAUCAGUCAGCGGAAAUUGAAAAAGUGUAAUAUAUCUUAUCGGUACUUAUCUUUAUUGGUUACUUCGGAAUGUUAUUUAUUCAUGUUUAUUACUCAAUACAUUUAUCUUCACGUUUUUUACUUUAAAAUUGCAUAUUUGACUGUAUUAUGUCCCUGUUAUAUACGUCACCCUGGACAAACAUUAAUUUGACUUGAAAGCGUUUCUCCUACAUAUCUGCGUACACUGCAUUAUAAAUGUCAUACAAAUGCAUUUCAUACACACUUAUGUGUCCUGAAUAGAAAUACCAAGUCAUGCUGAUAAGUCAAGUUUAUUGUCAUUCAUGUUUAUUUAUACGUUACCAGAACUCAGCAUUUCAGCAAAUGUAUUCCAAUAUAGCAAAUGAAAGUCUUGGUAAAUUUUAUGUCCCUUCGUUGUUUUGAUUGUUUCUUAAUUCUAUUAAACAAACAUAAACUAA